CCGUGAUGGCGAUCGAGUUCGACCGAAUGGCCAUGAACAGCGACGACGACGAUGAGGUCGAGCUGCAGCCGCGCGCGCCGCCGAUGCAGUGGCCCGCGCCCAAGCACCCAUCGACACAGAGGCCACCCGUGCGUCUCGACCAUGCUUUCCUGAACCCGAACAAGGCCGUGCAGAUGGCCCACAGCACGGCGGCCGCGCCGGUCGUCGCCAGCGCGAUGCACUCGACGCGACGCCUCGAAGCACAGAUCCAAAGUGUGCAGGAACAGCGCUAUGACGAGAGGACCAUCGAGCUGGACGACGACGAGCGGAGAGAGCUCGUGGCGCAGACCGCGCCAGCCAAGGGCCCCUGGCGCUACGACUACGAUGCACUCGUCGACGUCGACGCGCCGCCGCCCGUCAAGCCGCGAAAAGUCAAGAAACAAAUCGACGACAAGUGGAAACAGUCGUUGGCCGUCGCGCCACCUCGCGAGCUGCCGUCAGAAAUUGACUUUCAGAUUGAGGAUCGCAUCCGAGCGUCGGCGAUGCAGUGCUUUGGCGCACCGUUUGACGCGAAACGACACAUGGCGGCGGCGGCGCCGACUUCGACGCCGCUCAACCUCUUUCUUGGCUUCAAAAUGCAGUGACCGACAACGCCACCCAUGCCAUGGAGUUCAUAAUGUCACGUACUAGUAUGACACAAACAUUGUCGUAUGCAACAUGCACAAUCCAUUAAAUAAUUAGUCUCUACUCUAAAAAUGCUUCGUCAACCGCAAUGAGCUAUCAUGAUCCUCC